CGGCGGGCGGUGCCCGUUGGCGGUGCUGAGGGGCGGUGCGGGCGAGGGGCGGGGGUCCGUCCCUCCCUCCACGUUUUAUUUCCCUUUGCGCUUCCUCUUCUUACUCCUUCCUUUCGCUCUCGCCCUCCGGCUCGGGUUCGCUCCCCGCGUCCCUCCGCUUUUGUUACCCCUCCCUCGCUCCCUGCCGCUCCCCGCCCCCGCGUGGCACUGCGGAGCCGGAGACGUGACCCGAGCGGACUCGCUUCCCCGCAGCUUCAGCCUCUCGCCGCAGAGUCGCAUGUCCUCGAUCCAGAACCUCCAAUCCUUCGACCCCUUUGCUGAUGCAACAAAGGGCGACGACUUACUCCCGGCGGGGACUGAGGAUUACAUUCAUAUAAGGAUCCAGCAACGGAACGGAAGAAAGACACUGACAACUGUUCAGGGCAUUGCAGAUGAUUAUGACAAGAAGAAACUUGUGAAAGCUUUCAAAAAGAAAUUUGCUUGUAAUGGUACUGUGAUUGAGCAUCCUGAAUACGGUGAAGUUAUCCAGCUGCAAGGUGACCAGAGGAAGAACAUUUGCCAAUUUCUCUUGGAGAUUGGCAUUGUCAAGGAAGAACAACUGAAAGUUCAUGGUUUCUAAUAUACCUGUACUCAUAUGAAGAACCCUGCAGUAUUGGUCUUACCUAUCCUGGCUCUUCUGUGAAAAAUGAAUCUUUGCAGUGAAUGGACUUCCCCAUUACCUGAACAUUUACAAUUUGAUUUGCAUGACUUCAUGAAACAGGUGGUGUGUGGACUAGAAACACAUAAGAAAACUUCAAUAAGAUGGUAAUGAAGACCCUUGUGAACUUUAACACAUUUCCAAUGGAAAUGUAUUAGUGAUGAUUGUUCAGUUUAGUACUCUCCACCUGACUUAAAUGUGUGAGUUUUAUUCAAAUAGUGUGUGUUGUUGCUUAAAAAUAAAAGUUUAUUCAUAUAAUUUCUGGGAUAUUUGAAAUGCUUUAGCCUAAGUUUUGAACUAGCACUGCAGCCCUGCUGAAGAAUGGCUGAACUGCUUUGUGGCAAGUGUAGCUCACUGCUGUUUGGAGAAAUUGGAAAAUCUACAUGAUUAAGUACUAGAUGAUUAAUCAGUAGAUGAGCUUGAUGUGAUCUUACCCUGUAGCUGUAAGACUAGAGCUUUAAAGCCUGUAGUGUAGGUGUACCUUAGUAGCAGCAUAAUUAGACAUCAAUUGUUUGCUGUCUAACUGGAUCCUCUCUAAAAUGUAUUGCAGUGACUAUGAGGUAUUAGUCCAAAGCAAAGUAGGGGUAAGGCAAGCUGAGCUCCUCAAGGCAAAACAUUUGGGCAAAAGUCCCAAAACAUUUGAAGGAAGUGGAUGGGAUAUUGUAUCUCUGUCGCUGAGCAGGGGGAAAAGACAUUGUGUUGGCUUCUGCCAUGACUGUGCAUUGAAAGUUGGCAAGCAGAGUGCUUGACUGAGCUUGUAGUGUUAGCUGCCAAGAGCAGGGAAGGGAACAGGGUCUGCACUAACCUUUUCCCUGCUUUGAAAAGUUUUCCUAGGAUUGGUGGCUGACACGGGGAAUUUUGUAUUCAUGUUUGGAUAUUACUACAGAAAGCUGAUUUGGUUUACUUUUCUAGAAGGCAAUUUUUUCAGCUUUACUGGAGGUUACAAUAGGUUUGUUUCACCAUGCUUGUAAGCUAGUUUUAGUUAGCUGUAGUCAUUUGCUAUUCUGCUUGUAGGAUAUGUCUUGUGAAAAAUGAAAUUAAUUCAUUGGUGAAACAAGCAGAUGUUGUCUUCCUUUUGAGGUAGACAUGGAAAUUUUUUCUGAAACAAUUCAGAACACACUGAGCUGCAAAACCAUAACAAUAGUGGGAACUGCUUAAAAAAACUUGAUGUGAUAUCAUGUAUUUUUUGGAAAGAAAGAAAGAGACAUAUCUCUACUGCUAAGACUUACUAAUAACUUAGCCAGAAAAAAAAAAUUAAAUUGAUAAAAUAAUUGUUCACUACCUAAGUAGUAAAGAAUUAGGGAGGACUGUAUUAUUUAAUAUCACAUGUACCUGUACUUUAUUUCCUAUUCAUAUUUGCCUUUCUAAACAGAAAUGUUUCAAUUUUAACUCAUUUGAACUUUUUUUUUCUUUUUUUAGAUUUUUGAAUUCAGAAAUGAAUCCUUAAGGCACUAGCAACAAUUAGGGGAGCAUUAUAUGAUGAUUUCUUUCUCCGUCUGGUCUAGACAAUUGCACUUGUAAAAAUCUAGUCUCUCAAUCUCCACAAAUACUGCCUGAUGUUACAGAUCUUAACUGUUCCAGAGAAAGGAUGCUCCAGAAGAUGGUAUACUGUUAAGGUGCAAUACAUUCAGGAGGAGGAAAUGCCUCAUGCAAAGCAUAAAAUACCCACAUACCAAAUGGAAAUCCAAAAAUAAAUCUUAUGCAAAUCUUGUAGAUGAGCAGAAUAAAGUCAUUCUAGUGCAAGUUUACCUAGUAUUGAUUCUUAACUGCUAAAGUAAUCAAUCUUUUCGGGGUACAUAGCAAUUAGUGAUUUUCAUUUUAUCACAUGCCAGAAAAACCGAUGUUCUCAUUUAAAGCUUGUUCUCCUGCUCAAGAGGAAAAACAAGCAGUAUCUUCUGUUUCACUGGUAUUAUACAAGUACUUCUGGUGGGCUUUGAAUUGAAGAUUAACAAAUGACUCGCAGGUCUCGUGUUACUGAGUCAGUCUUCAUUUCGGAUGGCAUUCCAUUAACUUUUACUACCUAAGCUUGAGUCAUUUCUCCCCAGUCAUUCUGCUUGGAAUAAAUAAGAAAAAUCUUUGAUUUUCUUCCUCCUCAUUUAAAAAUCCAUUCUAAUGGAACGAACCUUGCAGUAGAUAGGUGGGUUGGGUGAAGAUGCUCAUGUUUUGACCUUUGAAGGGCAAAAUUAUAAGGAGAUGGAAUAAGACGUAACACAUUUGAAGUUUUAAAGAGGUGAGAUUUGUUGUGGCAACAAACCAUUUGAUCUUUCUAGAAGGAAAGCAGAAAUUUUUGUCCAUGAGUGUUUUAAACUGAAACAGUGUUUCUAAGACUGUAAUUAGCCUUGGUACAAGCCCAAACCUCUUUGUAUGUUCUAGUUGAAAAGCUUUGACAAUAUAAUGUUUUGUCAUCUUGUUCUGAAACUUCGUUGUCAAAGCUAAACUUACUUGGAAUACAUAUCUGUGUUUUUAAAAUGCUGAAAAUGAAGGCUUUGGGAAAAAAACUUGUUAAAAUGCUGCCUCAGAAAUCUGUUUUCAGAAUGAAGGCAUGUUUCAAUCUUUUCAUCUAUUCGAAAAUAGGUUAAAUAAUGUUGAAGGAAGUGGCCCAGAAUUGCCAAGGUAGUAAAAAUGAGCUUAUGAUAGAAAACUCUUUUGAAGUCCACUAGUAGGACUUGAGGCUGGCCAAGUUCAGACUGCAAAAAAUGAAGGUUUUUUUGUUGGAAUGUUGUGAAGUCUGCAUUCUUCAGACCUAGCAAUCAAGAUUGCAUUCUUAGUGAUACUUAGGCUUAAUUUCAAGGUGUUACUGGAUGUAGAAACUUAUUUUGAAUUCACAGCCUUGUGCAUAGUUUUAUUAGGCUGUUGUAGUUGACUCUGAGCUGAUACCUUGGAGUAAGGUGUUGCAUAAAUAAAUUCACUAAUUUGUCUGUUCUGAGUCUACAUCUACUUAAUGCACUACGAGCAAUGCAACCCUUGCUUCCCAAAUGCCACUGGCAGUUCUUGUUUGUAGAAUAUGAGAUUUAGUAAUUUAAAGUCUAUAAGAUGCCUACUUCCUCUCCCUGUGUGAGCUAUCAGGCCCUUGACUGUCACCUAUGGUCUUCUAAAUCUGACUGUGUCUCAGAGAUGAGCAUGAGGAGCACAACUAUGGGCAGAUAAUUCUUGAGUGAGUAACCUUUGAAAAGAGGAAGGCCAGGGUUGUGUGUGCAUGCUAUUCAUUGCUUCAGUGGCUUUGUUUGAACCUUUAUUCCUGAACUCCAUUUUUGCACAGCCUAAAUGAGUAAUGUUUUGUUUUGGAGAGCUUCUUUGGAGGAGGAGAAGGGAACUAGUAAAAAAAGCUGUCUUAGGAAAUAUGUUUUUAUCUGAAGUUUGUUUUCAUUAACUUAGAUUCCUGGAUGGCAAGACCUCUGUAACGCUGUUGUUUCACUCUCUCUGUAUCUUUAAAAAUCCUAGUUAAAUGUCCUUGGAAAUCUGACAUUUAAGGCUCUAAAUACAUCUAAAGCCAUUAUAAAACCCUAAAAUGCAAAGUCAUUGAAGCUUAAGUUUCAAAUAUUUGAAAUAACAAUUAGGCAGAACUCCUCAUUUUUUCCUAUACUGCCAUCCUGCUUAUACUUGGUAUGUAGUUGCCCUGAAGAUGCAUGUGUUAUUUACAGCCAGGCAGUAAUCAGAUAUCCCUGCUGUAAUGCCAUACCCUGUUUGUAGGUUUUUUAAAUUUUAUCUGAUGUGCUGCACUCUUACAGGCUGUACCACUCUAAUUUUGCAAUAUAGGACAAAUGUACCUUGAGUUCCAGUCAGCAAUCAAUUCCUUAAUCCUUCUGCAAGGCUCUAGCGUACAGGAUCCAUGUGUUACAUCUUUAAAUGGUCAGUAGUUCCUCACACUAUGUGAAAAUGUAUACAAGAUCAAUAUUUAGCCUCUUAAAGCAGGGGGGGUGUUUUUUACAGCUGACUCUGAGACACAGUAAGAGUUACUGUCCUUGUAUCUGUUCAGUGUUGAUCAGUGUCACUGAGCAUUCUCUAAUGUGCUGCUGCCUCUGGGGAGAUGGAAGUGCGCUUAGAGGGUUGUGUUUAUUUAAGUACUAUGACUUUCUGCAUCCAUACUCAGUCAGGAAUCUGUCCCCUGAGCAUGGCAACGUGAAGGUUGUUUUCCAGUUGCCAGAUCAAACGCUUUUGAGAUCAUUAAGGGAAAAAUGGCGUAGUUAUUUUAUGUUUGCUGUAUAGAUGUUUCAUGCCUACUGUUUCCCAUUUAGAUUAAAAAUACAAAAAUAAUCUCAAAAGAGGAUUUGUACUUGGCUUGCCUUUUUUAAAGUUUGCUAUAUGCCUGUCAUUGAUCUCUUAAUGAACAAGUCUUAACCUGUAUUGGAGUAUUGCUACAGAGCUGAGACAACAAAGUCUUUUAAAAUAAAGUGUUCCAGUGUUAUUUGAUGUAUGCUUUUCUAAAACAAAUGGAAUUUUAUGCUGUUUUUAAGGAGGAUUAUAUUUUUUUGGUGGAAGAUAAACAUAAUUUAAUAGAGAUGUGUGUGAUCCUCUUGCAAAAUCAGCUCUGAUUUCAUACAGAAAUGUUACAUUUCCUCCCUUAAAUUUCUAACAUAAUCUGUAAUAACCAACUUAAAAAUACUGUGACUUGUCCUGGAAUAUUUUGGCUCUAAAACAAGAUGAUUGGCUUGAGGUCUAAAACUUUGGGUAGAAGAGGAUCCCUGGUUGGUCUAAUUUCUUGAAUAAGCAAAAUGCACAGUAUUUUAGAACAGAGCCAGAAAUGUGCUCAAGUUCGGUUUCAGCUCUUUUAGAAUAUCUUGCAUCUGUGAAAUUUGACAGCACAUUUCUGAAAUUAAUUUGGGGCCUGAUUAAAAGGACUUGUGUAUACAAUAAAUGGGGUUAUUUUUA